AUGGGUCAACAGAUGAUGGUACAGCAACAGAUGGGCAUAAUGGGUGGUAACCCUCCACAAUAUUAUCAGCAACAGAAUCCGCAAGCACAGUGGACCCAGCAACAGCAGCAGGUCGGCUUUCAAUUUACUGAAAAUAAGAUGCAGCAGGCACAUUUUGUACGUCAACCGCAAAUGAUGGGAACGGCACCCACACAAAGAGUAAUGAUACAGCGUGUACCGUAUCCUCCUGGUACAGUCUAUCCAACUGGUAUGCAAGCCGUACCACAGCAACAGCAACAACCACAAGGAGUUGUAGCGCAACCAGCCGGACGACCACCUGGUGCACCACCACAACAAACCCAACGCCCUACAUAUCCUCCUGGAGCUACGCCACAACCCCAACCACAAUACGCUUAUCCUAGUGGCCAACCGGCUGGAUAUCCACAAGCACAGAAUGCUCAAGCUGCAGCAUAUCAACAACAGAUGUAUCAGCGACAACAGCAGGUUCCUCAACACCAACAAAUGCGACCGUAUAUGUCACCACAAGGUACGAUGGUCACACCGACUCAUCAAGGAGUCCUUAAAAUUGGAGAGGAGUUCAUAAGGAUAUGUGAAGUCCAUAAGGAUAUGUGA